AUGUUUUCAGAGAUAAUCGGGGUUAAGCUCCUUGCAUUGGCAGCAUGCAUGUUCCAUUCGUCAACUGUGGCUGCAAUAUCCAACAGUUCUUCACUUUCUUAUAUUCCAGGUAGAUAUCUUGUCGAAUUCGCGGACGAAACCACUACCUCGCAUACUUUCUUUUCAACACUGUCUGAGCAUGCGAUCUCAGCAACUCCAUUCCUUUCGUUAGACUACUCCCUAUUCAAAGGUGCUUCCUUCAACCUUCAUGACUCUGGAAAUGAGAAAGUCAAUAUACAGACAAUUCAAUCUUUACCUUCUGUGAAGAACAUUCAUCCAGUGCGGUCCUAUUCAUUGCCUGAGACAGCUGGGUAUCCUGUAAAUCAAGUCUCUUCUUUCACCUCUGUCGAAAAUUCGGCACAAUCAGACAUUACCCAAGAUACUUUAAGCACACAUGUAAUGACUGGGGUAGACAAGCUCCGUUCUGAGGGGUAUGUUGGAGAAGGGAUAAAGGUUGCCAUUGUGGAUACUGGAAUCGACUACAACCAUCCAGCUCUAGGUGGAUGCUUUGGAAAGGGUUGCAAAGUCGGCUUUGGAAAAGAUCUUGUUGGCGAUGACUACACGGGAGCCAAUACCCCUGUUCCUAGCGAUGACCCAAUGGAUUGUGCAGGCCAUGGUACUCACGUUGCUGGAAUUAUAGCUGCAAACUCCACUGCUCCCAACUUUACUGGUGUUGCCCCCAAUGUGACUCUUGGUAUCUAUCGUGUCUUUGGCUGCGCUGGCUCUACGGCCGAUGACGUCUUAAUCCAAGCAUUCAUGAUGGCAUACGAUGCAGGUGCCGAUGUUAUUACUGCUUCGAUUGGCAUUGAAUCCGGCUGGAGUGAAGAGCCUUGGGCAGUUGCCGUAUCUCGGAUUGUGGAAGCCGGUGUCCCUUGCACAGUUGCUGCCGGCAACGAUGGCACAUCUGGAGUUUUUAUGAUAUCGGCGGCUGCUACCGGUCAUGGAGUCACCGCGGUUGCUUCAGUUGAUAAUUCCGUUACUCCUACUCUGUUUCAGAACGCUUCCUGGUCAGCUGAUAAUACUACCACAUCAUCAUUUGGCUGGAUUCCAUACACUCCUGCUGAUAUAGACGGGACCUAUCCAUUGUUUGAUGUCCUCCAAGGAAGUAACGAUACGACCAUUGCCUGCCGUGACAAUUUCACUAUACCAUCCAUUCCAGGAAAAGUUGCACUCAUCCCUUACAUCGGAUAUUGCACAGCUGGUAUUGGUAUUGUGAACAAAGUUGUAGCUGCUGGUAGUAAGUAUAUCAUGUACUACUAUGACACACCGGGCACCGUGACUUUUGGAAAUGGAACUGGAUAUGGAAUUGACUCAUUUGGUAUGGUAAGCACUGAUGUUGCCAAAAAAUGGACGAAACUUCUUGCCGCGGGGUCUACGGUGUCUAUCAACGUGACAAACCCAGCAUUUGACAAUUGGUAUGCUGUAUCAACUGUAAACAAUAUCACCGGUGGAUAUCUGAGCUACUUCACGAGUUGGGGUCCAACAUUUGAAGCAGAGGUCAAACCCCAGGUGGCUGCACCCGGUGGAUCAAUUUUGUCUACCUACCCACUUAAAUUAGGUGGUUACAAAAUUGAAACUGGUACCUCGAUGGCCACUCCUUUUGUUGCGGGCUCUAUUGCCCUUCUGCUUAACACUCGUGAUAAGCUAGACCCUGCCACAAUAAACAAUCUGCUUUCCGCAACUGCAAAGCCGAGAUCUUUUAACGACGGCGAAUCCACUUACCCUUAUCUUGCUCCUAUCGCUCAGCAAGGUGGUGGUCUGCUCAAUAUCUACGAUGCAGUACACACAGUUGGCGUGUUGAAUGUGUCUAGUAUUGGGUUUAAUGACACUGAACACUUUAUAAAAUCUGCUAGCUUCGAGAUCAAGAAUACUGGUAAAGAAAGUGUCACUUAUGCGGUUAAUUAUGUUUCUACCGGUACUGUGUACACAUUACCCUCUAAUGGGGACCCGGUUCCAUCAGCUUUUUCCCCUGGAGCACCCCCUGAGAUUGUUACCUCGAGUGCGAAACUGACAUUGAGCCCCGACAAAGUGAUACUUAAGGCAGGCGAGUCCGCGUCAGUAGAGGUGAUUGCCACACCUCCAACUGACUUGAAUGCGUCCCGUAUCCCUGUCUAUGGUGGGUAUAUCACUUUGAAUGGCACUAACAGUGAAUCACUCUCUCUGCCAUACUUAGGCGUUGCAUCAAAUUUGAAAGACGCAAAUAUUUUCGAUACUGUUGAUAAUGGGGUUUAUCUAUCGCGAUACUUCAACGUCUCCGGUAUACCUGACGGUUUUGCUUUCACUCUUCCACCGCAAAACAGCACUGACGAAGAGAAAACCAAAUACGAUUUCCCAGUACCGGUAGCCAUCCAGUCAUUUGGUAGCCGGGUUCUCCGCGUCGACCUGGUUCCAACUCAGUCUAAUAGCACGAUAAAGACCACAAAAGUACUCGGUGUGGAUAUCGCUGGCUCUAUCGACCCAUUUCCGGCUUAUGAUACGGGGCGAGGUGCAUGGCAUUCGUUUUGGUAUGGUCAAUUCAGCGAUGGAACCUUCGCACAACCCGGAGAUUACUAUCUUCUUUUGCGAGCUCUGAAAAUCUUUGGUGAUGAGAAUUCUCCCGAUGACUAUGAGUCGGUCGAAACUGUGAGCUUUUCUCUGAAGUACGGAUCUUCUAAUGCAACCGCCGCCCCUGCCCGUCGGUCAAUUGGUUUUAACGCUUGA